AUGCUGAAGCAGAGCCGCCCCUCGCCUACAAAGGGACAAAAGCUCCCCACUCUCCGUGCGGUAGGCAGUAGCAAAACCAGGAGCGGGGAAGCUAGCUCCAACAGCUGCAGCAGGCAGCGGCGCGUGUCAAAACGAGGAAGGGCUACUGAUCGAGAACAAACCGCAACGGACAAAAGCAAUGGACCCAGCAAUGACUCUCACCAAUUCGCAAGGAAUAUCCCAGUUGAGCAGGAGAGGAGAAUCUACGGCUGCAAUGGGUCAGCAAUGCUAGAUUGCGGUCGCGGCCGCAGAGCCGAAGACGGCGAUGAGUUCACCGCGUUGUCAGCCUCACCGCGCUCCGUCAACUCCGCCGACUCGUUCGGAACGCUGGCGUCAACCGGCGAGGAGUCGUUCUCUUUGGAAUUGAACGACAACGCCAACGGAAGCUUGGCACAGGAAGGCGAGGCCGAUGCUGUUGGUGGUAAUAAUGGUACAGCGGAGGCUGGAAGCGCCAGCAGAGGGCUGGGCAUCGUCGGCAGGACGCUGUUUGACAGCUGGAAGGAAUUCCUGUGGCAGGUACGCCUGUGCCCGAUGGCUAUCGAAGGGCAGGAGGUGGUUCGCAGGACCUCCGCUCUGAAGAUGGAGAUGACCGGCGGCUCGUUUUCGACCUCAAAAGGGUGCUCGGGUCUUUUCUGUGCUACGAGCGCGGCACGAGAGGAGGAACAGAGGAUCUCGGGGUGGUGGAAAGGAGAAGCCGAGAUACUGUGGAGGAUACAAUCGCAGCGUCGCCAGAGUCACGAGACGCUGGCGGCUCGUCACGAGGAGGAGCUUGCGGCUCACGAAGACAAGCGAACUGAGCUGCUUAGCAAGGGAUGCGGCCGAGAGCUAGCGAAGCUCGAUAGCAUGGAUGAGGCGAACCACCUGGAAAGCCUGCGGCAGGUAGAAACGCUGUUUUCGUUCGCCGUUGGCGGCAGAGGAACCGUAGAGGAAACGCGAGAAACCACAACUCCGAAAGCGGGAGUGACAACCGGUACCGCCGCGGAAGGGCUUUUCACGGUGGCGGCCCCUGGCGCCCACGCCACGCCUCUUGGCACCACCCUACGAACAAGCGCACGGCCGCCCGGAGUGCCAGACGGAAGGGAAAAAGAAGAAGGAACGCCUGCGGGAACGAAAGAACAGCAGCGGCAGGAGCAGCAGCAGCAGGAAGAGGAUGAGGAGGCUCGGGUUGUUCAGGAAACCGCUGAGGCCGAUUGUACAGAGAAUUUUUCCAGCCACCUGCAGCUGGAGCUAGAACGAGUCGCCCUCCACGAGUCCGUGAUGAAAGCGACGGCGGACAAGUUUCGCCGCCGGCGGCAGAGCCUCGCCGUUAUCCUGUGGUGCGGUCUGACGGCGAUGUACCGGGAUUGCAGGGCCAGGGCCCGGCGUACCUUCGUGUCGGAGUGCGCCGCAGAUAUCGGCAGAAUAAAGCAGCUCGCUUCUUCUCCUUCCUCCGGUGGUGGCAGCACCGGCGAAGGACAAAACUGCCCUCUUUCUCCUCCUCCCCCUCUUCCUCCUCCUCCCCCGGCGGGUGGAACAGAAGACGUCUUGAACGAGUACUGUUGUAUCAGUAGCGACAUUUUAUGUAGUUGCGGGGAAAGCGAUAACAGCAUCAAUAGACCUAGUGGGGUUGACGUCACCGAUUCGUCACCAGACGUCCAGGACGCGCUCAGAAAAACAACCGCGACGAUAGAAAGGCCGGGAGUGGCGGGGCAACGCGAGAGAACACGAGCGACGCGAGAGCUUCGUAGUGAGGCCAGCCGCGUCGCCCGAUGGGACAAGCUCCAGCGAGAAGUCUUGCGGAGGAGCACCUACGAGGUCACUAGGCUCCUAACCUCCGACGGACUGCGCCGACACGAUGGCGGCGGGUGGCCCUACUCUUGGCGACAGCGGGGUGACCGCCGUGGCGGGGACGACGGGGUAGCGAAGUCUACACUGGCCGUGCACAAGCGUGCGAGACUUUCCAUGCGCGAGCUGAGGGGGCGGCAGGCGGACGUGUCCUUGGAGGCAAGGAGCAUCGAGCGGUCCUGGAUAGUGUCCCUGGCCAAGUGGGAGGCCCAGCUGGUCAAAGCUCGCGCCGCGGCAGCUGAUGCAGAGGUUCGGGGAUUGCGGAUCCUGCAACGGGAGGACGCGGAGGUGGGGGGAAGGGGAAGGGGAAGGGUGGGUCGCGCGUUCAGCACAUCUCCCAAUAUGGUCCCUCCCUCUCUUCAACAACAAAAUCAACAGACGGCCAGAGCGCUCGAAGUAUCGCAGUCGCUGGCGGACGUGAUCGACAGAGAGCAGGAUCUAGUCGAUGACGCCCAGUCAGCCCUCGUUGUGGACCUGGCGAAGAUCGUCGCUGACGAGAACGCGAAGAGAGCCGAAGCCGCGGCCGUCGCUCGGCGACACUGGUGGGCCGAAGCCAGGGAGAUCCUCCUGGACCUGUUCCAUUCGGUGCACAGCAGCAAUCGGAACGAUCAAGAGCGCGGCGGCGGCUGCGCCGACGUUGACGUCGGUAUCCAUGGUAGUGGUUCUGCCACCGAGAAGCCGGCCGCUACGUCAUCGGCAUCCCUGCAGCUUAUCCGGACUAGCCUGGACGAAUUGCUCCGCGCGGAAGAAAUUCUAGUCGAGAAAGCUGCGAAAGACUUCCUCACUGCCGUCAACGCCGAUGAAUACGGUGGAGGAGGAGGAGGCCCACUUCACGUCGCGGCGGCGGAGAACCAACGGUCCACCAAUGAGGUACUAGAUCGAUGCACGAAAGCUUUCGAAGCCGCUAGCUUUGACCCGUCGACCUCGACAGUCGGGCAACCCACGCCGGUGAAUCUUAAUCAGUGGUCAACGGAAGGAGGCAGCAGCAGCGGCCGCCUUGGUGGGGCACAUAAUCCCGAAGAAGAACUAGCCUCUUUUCGGGGUAGACUUGAGACGGACGCGGUCCAGCUAGCGGUCGCGUCUUUUGAUAUGGAGGUUAGGGAGUUGGCGAUUGACGCUGCAAUCCCAGUGGCUGCAUCAGAGGCGGUGAUGCCGCCGUGUUUUCCGGGAGCACCAUCAACGAUGUUGGAAAUCGAAGGCAAGGGGUCACCGCCACCGUUUCCGCUGGAUGGCCGACCGCCGUCAAGCGACCUAACAAGGUCGCACCUCGAUCUCAGGCGGGUUGCGAGAGUCAAAGCCUUUGCGAGAACCAUGGAAGACAUGUUGUCCACAGCACGUAAGGCGAUUCUUAAGGAAACCCAAAGAGGCUCUGUGGCGGCGACGGCUACCGAGAACGACUACAAUCUCAAGGUCUCCUCGAUCAUACCCCGCAACUCUGGGAAGAUCGGCCAUUUGAGGACCGAAGCGCAGGCGAAAGGGGACAAGGCCCUCGAGACCGCGCUCAACGAGGCCGAGACCCUUUCCGAGGAAAGGUCUUGGAGAUCGAAAACGGCAGCAGCGAUCCGACGGCGGGCGUUGGGAUCGGUUGUGAGUUGGGUCGGCGCGGCAGCUGAUGCCGAGCUCCGGAGAUCAGAACGGCGUCAACGCAGGCGGCAGCAUCACCAACAUCGAAUUAGAGCUUCUUUGGAAGACUUCGAGCGCAUUGCCUCUGAAGAGCAGCAGGACUGGCUGCGUCAGGUGCGAAGACGGGGACAUGAAGCGACAGAGGUAGCGAGAGCAACGAUCUCGGACCACGUCGCGGAGCUCAUCCUUCAUGAGCCGCAGCGCGAACAAGACCAAGAAGGGGGAUACGAGGCAUUGCCGAUGGCGGCUGAUACUCCGAGAGAUCUGAGCUCGCUGCAAGAUCGUUCCAGUAGCGCUGGAGAAGGGACUACAUGCAGUACCGACGACAAGGACAAACCCGGCGAGCAGGGCAACAUGGAACAGGGCGAACAAUCAAUGGCCUUGAACCACCCUGCACUGGUAAUGAAUACCGUUGCCGUUGCUGAGGGUGUCAACAGGGAUCAUGUCGACGACCACCACAGCGGUAGAAAAUUUCCGCAACCGCAGUUCCAGGGUGCUAAACGUCAGCAUGUCGCCAACCAGGAUGACGAUGGUGACGUGUUCGUCGAUCCUCCGUCACUCGAAGGUCUCCGAGUCGAAGCGAUGGCCGUUCUGGCGGCCGCAGAGGCUUCGUGCAUAUGCGAUAUCGACGCGUGGGUAGAAAAAACCCUACGUCGGGAGCUGGAGAUGAUCUCGGCUUGGAUGGCGGAAACCGCGUCCGGUGAUGUCGAAGAACGGGACAUGACAGAAACUGAGCUCGAAACCUUAGAGUCGGCGUUUCGUGCCGCUAGGACGGAUACCGACGAAGUCGUCUCUUCAGCUUGUUGUGAGGCUUACUCGUUGCGGCCGUCGGGUGUUUCUGGCGCGGGUGCAGCACCCAGCGAAACGGAAGAGCCGGCUAACCCGGAACCGGACGCAACUAUCGGUAGCACUGAAUUCGCGGCACCUGGAUUUUUUGCGGAGGAGGAAGAGGAAUGUUCCGCCCUUUGGUCGAGCUUGGAACGGUCUCUAUCUUCGCUAAAGCUCGCACUGAAGACGAUACCGGCGGGAUCAGGCGGGUCACGCAAGGACGAGAAAGAGGGAGAAGAAGGGAUAGAGACCAAGCUGGCCGCCUCCCGCAUCAUCACCGGCCUAGAGUGCGAACUGAGAGCCGUCGUCACCGAUACUUUCUCGUCGACUGGGCAGGUGGAGGAGGUACAGUCAAUUAUUCGCGCGAGCAGCGACGAGCUCAGGGUGGCUUUCACCCUCAUAAGUGAGGCGACGCAAGCGAAGUGGAAGAGCCCGCCUGCUACGGCGGCGGAAGGGAGGGUGACGGACGGUGAGAGAAGAAACGACUUUGUGCCUGCCAGCACAUUGGAGAUCGCGAGAGAGGAUUGUGGCGCGCCUGACGGCGGCAUCGGCACGGAGUGA